AUGUUAUCCAAGGCUUCUCUGCUGUUGCUGCUAUUGCCCGCUGCAGCCUCAACUCGAGUUUGUCAAUUGUCAGCAAACAAUCAGACUCAGCCUACCAACCAGACACGCCCAUUCGAUCCGAGCGCGCCUACGAACGGGACCGGAUCUACCAACGGAACCAUCCCUGAAGAUGACACUCCUUGGGUUCCGACAUGCAAACUACCCAGACAUGACUUCGCAUGGUUGAGCGUUGGACAUGGUUUUAUGAGCGACUGUGUUCAUAGCAAGGGUACAAUCCAGGGUCGUAUGAUCUUUGUCGACUUUUCUGACGCAGAGGCCCUCGAGGGAGAAUCUCCUGAAGACGCGUACGAUCUGUUGGUUCCCGACGCAAACAAGUGGUUCCAGGAAAUCAGCCACGGUCAGCUUGACCUCAACAUCACCGCCGAUACUUCCAAGUUUUACCGCAUGCCGAACUCCGCAGAGUCAUACGGUUGGGACUCGGGUUUAAGUAACCAGCAACAUUACGCCUACGUUGAGGACGCUUUGGACGCAUACAUGAACAACGGCGAGAAUCCACCGCCCCCUGUGACAGAUAUCCUCUACGUUGUACCUACACGCAAUGCGGCAUGGAUGACUCGCUCAUUGGCCUCGUCCUUCGGCGCCUUCACAAGAAACAAUACAUUCGUAUCCAAAAGGGCCAUUACCUUCGGCGUUGAUCCAUAUAACUCCUGGGGCUACAAGGCACUCAACCACGAAACUGGCCACUCCAUGUGUCUACCCGACUUAUACCCCCUGGAUAUCAACUUUCCUACUGGCGAAUACGUGGGCGGCUACAGUGUCAUGGGCAACGUCGGAGGAAUUGCCCCCGAUUUCUUCGCCUGGGAUAAGUGGAGGCUGGGAUGGUUGGCCGACGAGGAUGUUGACUGUAUUCUCGAAUAUGGUACUACCAGGCAUACUCUCACACCGCUGGAGACUCAGGGGGGUACCAAAGCUGUGGUGGUAGCAGCUAACAAGACUUCUGCUCUUGUUGCUGAAGCUCGCAUCACUAAGGGUGCAGAUGAAAAGAUCUGUGCCCCUGGUGUCCUCUUAUACACGAUCGACACUACUCGCUCAACAGGAGAGGGACCGAUUCGCGUUCUUGAUGCCACGCCUGGAUCAGACAGUUGCGGUAGCGAAGUCAGUGGGUGGGAACCGAUGAAUGAUGCAACUCUGUCUGUGAGUGGCACAAAAUCCUAUGAAGUGUCCGGAUGGGGUAUUAAAGUUACCCUAAUUGAUGACAAGGAUGAUGAGUUUAAGAUUGAAGUAGAGUACUUAUAG